AUGUAUGGUGAUAAAAUCAAAAUUAUUUAUCACUUUGGAGUUGGACUUUUAGGUGAGUAUAGGAAGGGCUUAAAAAAUAAAAAUGACAGUCUGAGCUUUUUAAGAGAGAUGGCUUUAACAGAAAAAAGCAAAGUAAAAGCAUAUAGCUUUAACAUAGGGCUUAAAUUGGGAUAUUGCUUUUUGGAUCCUGAGCUUAUCAAAUAAGUUCAUUAAAAUCAUGAUGCCUUUUCAAAAAUGGAUAUUUCAUAAGCAUUUGUAUUUUUGUUUUCUAAUUCUUUACUCUGUGUGAGCGGAAAAGAAUGGUAGAGAUAGAGACAUUUUUUGGGUAAAUCCUUCCAUUUCGAUGAAAUAAAAAAUUAUUUCCCUACAAUCAAAGAGGUAAGUCUUGUAGUUUCUGAUGAGAUUACUUAAGAUCUAAAAAAUAGCUCUUAAAAAAAAAUGAUUCAAGUUGUCAAGACCUGCGAAAAAGUUACUUCAGAAGUUGCCUUUAGAGCGUUUUUUGGUUAAACUUCUAAGAACAUCACUAUUAAAAGAGAAGAUGGAAGCACUGUUUUAGCUUCAUCAGAAAUUGUUUAGUUGCUUACUGAUUCUUUUCGCAUUCUUUAGACAAACAAAUUACUUCUACUUAAGUAUGUAAUUUUAAAAAGAAACAGUUAGAACAUUUUCCCUAUGAAAGAAGAAAAAUCUUUAUUCGCACGCUUAAAUGUAUUUAAGGAUACAUGCAAACAAGUUAUCAUGCAAAGAAAAGAAGAACUUCAAAAAGACCCUUCUUUAUUUAAAAAAAAUUUCUUAGACCUUUACUUGAAAGAAAUCCUUUUGAAUGAAAACAAAGAAAUCACCAUAGAUGAAAUUAUCGAUAAUUUUUGUGCUCUCUUCUUUGCUGGAACAGAUACUACUGGCAAUAUGACAGGCGUCUCACUUUAUUAUCUUUCCUAAAAUCCAAAAAUUCAAGAAGAGGCUAGAGAUGAAGUAAUAAAUAUCCUUAAAUCUAGAACGUAAAGCUAAGACCCAAAAGACUUAUUCAACUCACUUGCAUUCGAAGAUCUCUCUUAGAUGCCAUUGGUUCAUUCUAUUUUAAAAGAAUCCUUAAGACUUAUUCCUCCUGCUGCAGCAGUUUUAGGAAGAUAUGCAAACAGAGAUAUAGAGAUUGGUGAAUUUUCGGUUAAAAAAGGAGAUUUAGUCAAUACACAUUUUAUCUACAGCUAAAGCAAUCCAGACUUAUACCCAAAUCCUGAAAAAUUUGACCCUUAUAGAUGGAUGAAUUAAAAAGAAUAAAAAAAUGCGUUUAAUUUUACUCCCUUCUCUCUAGGGCCCAGAAAUUGUAUUGGACAGCAUUUAGCUAUCAUUGAAGGAAAAUGCAUGAUUGCAAACUAUUUGCUAAAUUACAACAUUUUGCCUAAUCCUAGUCAAGAGCCUAUUAAAGAGGCAAAAACAAUUUAUGGUUUAUGUCCAGAUAAUUUAGUUUAUUUUGAGCUUAGAAAAUGA